UUUCGACCCCAAAUUUAGCUUCAUUUAAUUAGCAUUUUAAUACUAAUUCCUAAAUCAUGGAGAAAAGGCACAAGAAAUUUGGGUUUGACCCCAAUCUGAGAUAUGAUGAGUUUGAAGGCAGGAAGACCACCACCAUGAAGAAGGUACACACUAGAGCAAAAUACUUCAACCCCAAGAAAGAAAUUGAGGUACCUAAGAAAGAGGUCGAUAAGAAGCAAAAGCUUCAAAGAGCAUUGAAGAAGUUACAGAUCAAUCAUGACUCUGAAGAUGAGGAUAGUGAUGAUAGCCACGAUACUGACUUAUCUCAAAAGAGUUCUCCUAGAGCAUCUAAUACUGCACCUAUGAAGAGGAAGAAGCCUGCUAAACCUAAGAAAUCUAAAGUGCAAAAGAGAUUAGAGAAAUAUGAGCCUCAUGAGGAAGAAGAGUAUAAUGAAGAACAAAUCAAAUUCCUUUGACGUGGACGAGAAGGUCUCUUAGAGAAUUUAGGAAAGUCGGAUUACUUACUCAAUUCAAAUAUUUCUAAAGAAGAGCUAGGUCUUAUGGCUCUCAGGCAAGCAAGAGGAAUUGGGAGUAAAGCGGCAAAGAAAAAGAAGGAUCGUGAAAAAGAAAAGAAGAAGAGACAGAAGAAAGAAAUGAAGAAAACUACCCUCUCUACUGAAAAUCCCAGCGAAGUUGCUAAGAAAUCAAGAAGAAUUAUUGAUGAUAGUGACGACUGUGAUCAAAAUAGCGUAUCUAGCUUAACAAAGCUUACUGAAAAAGUGCAGAAAAAGGAUCAUAGAAAAUGUUUAAAAGAGGCUAAUCUUAACUGCCCUCAAACUAAACAUAAACCCAAAAUUCCAAAGCACAAAUCCUCCUCUACUCAGCCCCAAGAGGCCAGUCCCAACCUUCUUCCCCCAAAACACCCCCUAAAAACCCCCUCUUCCCAAACCCCCCUCGAAUCCCCACCAAAACCGUCCUUAAACCCCACCGACCCUGACCCACAAAUCUCAGCCACUGAAGCCCCUCCCAAUCCUACAGACCCUGAACCAGAAGCUGACAGCCAAGCUGGCACAAAGAACAAGAAGAAGAACAGGAAGAAGAAAUCUAAGAAAUCAAGUAAGCCAAAGCCAUUGCCAGUGCUUGUCCUGCCUGAGUUUAGUUGUAUGUUCUGUAAGAGGAAGUGUCCAGAACCUAUGCGGUAUUUGAAGUGUAAGGUAUGAAAGGAGUGAAAUUUCCAGGCAAUUAAAAAUGAAAGAAUUUAUUCCUCCCAAGUUAAGUGAGAAAGCAGUUGUGUUGGCAAAUGCCGCUUCUGUGAAAGAGACAAUAUUGAGAUAUACCACAAAGAUAGCUGCCUGAUCUGCUACUGGAGUAAUCAUAUCAAAUACCCUAUAAGCUUCGAGGGAACUUUGCACCUUGAUUUCUCUGUUGAGGCUAAAAAUAAACGCAAAGAGGCCCAAAAGAAGCAGAAAUUGGAAGAAGCUAAACUUCGUUACCAAAGAAUCGCUUCUAUGCAGAAAGAGAUAGAUAUAAGAGAACGUAAGGCUAUUCUAAAGAAGAAUAAGAAGAUAUUGCACCUAAAGAAGCUGAAGAAACUUGACCUUAUCUAAUUCCUAAAAUCAGUGAAACAUUAUGCUUUCAAUAUUU